AUGGUAGAUGGGGUUUUAAAAUUGAACAUUCUCGAAAAUGACCUGAAGGAAAGUACCGGAAGCCUCAGCCGGUACUACGAUGGGAAAGGGGACGCACCCAAAAUGAACAAGAAUCUUUUCCUCAAUCUGAAUGUUCCCAUUCCAGCUCUGAAUUAUAUCAUCAACGAGAGCAAAAACUACGUUUCUGGGCAUGCCAACUAUCAGCGAUGGAGCCAAGAGACCUUCCGGCACUCCAAGAACCUCCUGGAUAUCAUCAUGCGCAUUUCUCUGCAUCGGAGGGCACGUACCGGAGAGGGACGGCGCACUGGAGAGAGAGCACCACCAACUGAGGGGAGGAAGCAAAGGGAGCAGCCAAAAGGGGAAGAAGUAACGGAACAAGCGGGGCAAAAUGGACAAUCGGGACGAAAUGGACAAACUGCACAAAACGGACAAGCAGAGCUAAACCCACAGACCGCACAAAACGGACAAGCCGUCUCCCUCCUGCGGGAAACGCAGAGAAGGGUUGAGCAUGCCCACGACGGGGACCCCACCGUAGCACAGGAAAACAGUAUGAAAGGGCAAAAAGAAGUGGAAAGGCUAAAGUAUUACCCGGGAUUCUGCAGACAGCUAGGAGCCAAAGGAAGGAGAUGCAUGUUGGAACUCAUCCGGAGAGUAUACAGAGAGAAGACCUCCACUUGCAAAAACAUUUUGACUCACAAAUUGAAACCACCCGCGUGUAUCUCAAACCUUCCUUUCUUCAAUAUCAACAUGUUGUGGAAGCUCUCCUACGAAUUUGGUGUUUUUGAAGAGGCUCUAAAGAUCCACAGGAUUUAUGGACAGAGUGCCGGGACGUUCAAUGAGCUUUUAAAUGGGAGCUACUCCAUGCCGAGUUGCUCCAACUGUGAGGGAGAAGCAGAGAGGGGAGCCGACGGAGGUGUGCCCAGGAUGGGCCACGAGGGGGGAGGAGCAGCAGAAGUAAAAAGGGAGCUCAGCGAAGAGAAAAGAAGUGGGAGUGCACCAAUUGGAAGCGACGAACCAAGUGGAAGGGGCGAAGCGCAUAAUGGGAGCAGCAUCAACGGAGAGCACAGUCGAGCGGGGCGGAAAAGAAAACGACAAGAGUGCCCACAGGGCGAAGGGAAAUAUAACUGCAGCAGGGGAAGCUCACAAAGGUGUGAAAGAGUACCCCCGAGACAAGGUGCGAAGAAGGUGCCACUGCUCAGUUCGGGGGCAAAGGUGCCAGACGGGAGAAGGCUCCCCGUCAACUCCGUCAAAUGGACCAAUUGGUGCGGUCCAGAAAGGGAGGUGAGCCAAGGUGUCUACCCCCAAUUCGGGUCUGCUUCCCUCGCGGAGGGGAGAAGCGGACAGGGGGGAAGCUCACAAGGGAGAGACACACAAGGAAAAGACAUACAACGGGGUGCCCCCCCAAAGGGCAUGACAGACGGGCCCCCUAACUAUCACACUUUACCGAGUGGAACCAUUACAAAUGGAGCGAACCCAAGAGGAACAGAAAAAAAGGAAAACAUCAUCAUCAGUGGUAAUAAUAACCACAUGGAGAAAACCCUGCCCAAUUUUCUCUUCAAUGACAACUGCGAAUCGUGCCGGAUGAACAGGGCUUAUAGCAGAGGGGGAUUCCUAAAGGGGAGCCACAAUGAGAAGGAGGAAGAGAAGCAGCAGGAGGAGGAGGAGACGGAGUCGCACAGCGAGCCAAUGAAGACGUACGAAAUAGAGAACCAUUUGAAGGUAGACUCCGUUGAGAAAUUACUCUCCCACUUUGUCCACAUCAGCAAUGCAAUACUGCUUCACCUUCAGAAAAAUAAAGGCAUCUCUCUGCCGAAGUCACAAUACAAUCUGCUGAGUGACCACUGCUUGUUGUUAAUCCCGAUAAAGCAACAGAAGAGAAGAAAGAGGGAAAGUAGCAAUGCACAUAAAGGGAAGGAACCAAAUACACGUAAAAGAAAAGAACCAAAUGCAAAUAGAGGAAACAAACCAGAUGCACAACGGAGAGUUCAGCGCCAGCGUGAUCAGGGGAGAGAACAAAUGAAAACCGAUCGAAUCCUCCACGAGGUGGGUAUGUGUCAUAGUGAGAGAGGAAACUCGAUAGGAUAUAGACUCGCGGAACAGACAAAUGAAGAGAGCAGCUCGACUCAGUUCGGUAACUUUCCCACGUCAGACAUCUCCAUGAAGGAGAGUUUGCCACCGGGACAAUGCAAAACUGCCAAAUGGGGAAGGAAACAAUGUUGUUCACUUGCAUGGGCGAAGAGGAAGAAGCUGACAAAUGACAUGGUCAGCGGCAUAACCAACGGGAUGAUCCCCGACAUGCUAGCAAAAAACGAACCCUUCGAGCCAAUCGGGGGGGACUACAGAAAGUUGCCCCCCUCAGCGGAGAUCCCAGAACGGAUCACGUCCCUACGGGAGGACAACGGUUUGUCCGCCAACUGGGGAAGCUGCAUCAACCGCGAGAGUGACACGGGAAAAACGACAAACAAGAGGAGAAACCCAAGUGACGCACACAGGGGACGCAGCGAAAAUGACACCACCACCCCAUUAACCACUCCUUACAAUAAAUCAUAA